CAGUUCAUCGAAGAAGAAAAUCUGAUCUUUGCUGAAGCAUUAUGGGAUCAUGUUACCAUGGAUACAGAUGAGAUGGGAUUCCGUGCUGGUGAUUUGAUCCGAGUAACAGACCUGGUGGAUAAAGAUUGGUGGUUUGGUAUGAUAGAUGACAGACAGGGCUGGUUCCCUGCCACUUUUGUCAGGUUACGAGUGAAUCAGGCAGAAGUAGAGGAAGAGUUAACAAUGUUGAUACAAGAAGAAACAGAAAACGUGCCAAAAAUACGCCAUCAUGGUGUGAGCUAUAUCGAUAAAAACCAGGCUAGAGCUAAUGUUGUCAAUGAGAUAAUCAAUGCUGAACGAGAAUAUUCUAAACAUUUAAAAGAUGUUGUGGAGGGUUAUGUGAAACAGGCUAGAAAACGACCAGAGAUGUUUCCUGAAGAGAAGAUAGAGACAAUGUUUGGGAAUAUAGAAGAGAUCUAUACCUUCGCUAGUAAAUUUCUCUGUCAGCUAGAAUCUAAGAUUAAUACAACUUCCCCACAUCUGAGUGAAAUCGGCUCUACUUUUCAAGAUAAUAGUAAAAGAUUUGAGAUCUAUUCUGACUAUUGUAAUAAUCACCCCUCAGCCUGUGAUGAAUUAAAAGAUUUAUAUAGAAAUAAACGAUACAGACAUUUCUUCGAGGCUUGUAGACUUCUGCAGGAUAUGAUUGAAAUUCCACUAGAAGGUUUUCUGUUAACACCAGUCCAGAAGAUCUGUAAAUAUCACCUGCAGUUGGCUGAAUUAUUGAAGUAUACCCCAAUAGACCAUCCUGACUACCCUCACGUCAAGGGGGCGCUAGAGGCCAUGAAGAAAAUAGCCACCCUGAUCAACGAACGUAAACGUAAGAUGGAGAGUAUAGAGAAAAUUGCUACAUGGCAGAUGUCAGUUGAUACUUGGGAGGGAGAUGAUCUAUUAGACGUUAGCUCGGAAUUAAUAUAUUCUGGUGAACUCCAUAAAAUCAACUCUAGUGGCUGGUCUCAGGAACGUUAUUUCUUUCUCUUUGAUCAUCAGUUGGUUUACUGUAAAAAGGAUAUACUAAAAAAGAACAGUUUCUGUUACAAGGGACGUGUAAAUUUAGAUCAUUGUGAAAUUAUCCCCCUUGAAGAUGGUAAAGACACUCAAUAUAACGUAACUGUUCGUCACGCAUGGAAAGUCCACAACACACAACGUGACAAGUGGUACCUCCUGGUGGCUAAAUCAGACAGUGUAAAACAACGAUGGUUAAAAGCCUUCCAAGAUGAACGACAGAGAGUGAAAGACGACCAGGAAAACAGUGAGUUGGCUUGA